AUGCAGGCCUGCGAUCGCUGUCACGUUCGCAAAACUCGGUGCGACCGUCGGAUCCCUCAAUGCGGCGCCUGUGAGAAGGCUGGCGCACCAUGCGUCCACGCCGAUAAGCUGCGCCAGCGCAAUCUACCGAGAGGCUAUCUCGACAGCAUAGAGAGUCUGCUGAAGCAAUUGAGGGAGGAGAACAAGAAGCUGAGGGAAAAUCUGGCCUCAGCGCAAGCCGAAAUCGAGGCACGAAGCCUUCCGACAAGUGACCUGCCUGCAUCACAUCUCAGCUCCAGUCCAUCCUCUCAAUCCAGAGAAGCAGGCGGCCAUGACAAUGUGGCCUUGUCAUCCAAAGGAAGCACGGAUUCUAAUGCCUUUGCAGUCGAGGUUGGGUACCUCUCUCUUAUUGCAACUGGAGAGACACGAUAUCUAGGUGCCAGCAGCGGGUUGGGCUUGGCCAGCAUCAUCCAUAGAGUCAUCAGCAUCCAAGGAGGCAUGGGCCUUUUAGGCAAUAGCGCCUUUCCCACCCUUGCCACCGCUAUGCCCUUCAUCGAGGCCUACUUUCAGCACACUCACAUCACCUUCCCCUUGUUGCACCGUCCUAGCUUCCUAGCUACCGUCGACAGGAUUUAUUCCGAGCCUGGCUUCUACGAGACAAACACCUUCGACGCCUUUGUCUUUGACAUGGUUCUUACCAUUGGCAGCUCAAACUUCAACCGAUUUGAGGAAAUGGCGACUGGAUCCUCAAUUUACUUUACCAUGGCCCAAUCCAAGGUCAACGCCAUCACGCAAAUGCCCAGUCUGGAAUCAUUAAAGGUCAUACUGCUCAUAUCACAGCAUGGCAUCUUCAGCAACCUUCGGGAUUCUAGUGCGAGCAUAUGGCACCUGACAGGCAUUGGUGCACGAAUUUGCUUCGAGCUGGGACUUCACCUGGAGCCCAGGCAUCUAGACUGUGAUCCGGAGAACCCAGCCCAGGUGCAUCCAGUCUCCCUGGAGGAAGAAAUGCGGAAGCGAUGUUUUUGGUGUCUGUAUAACCUUGACAGGAUCGUCAGCAUCACCCUCGGCAGGCCGGUUGCCAUCCGCGAUGAUGAAAUCGACAUCUCCCUACCUUCUCAUUUGGACGAUGACUGCUUUGGUCCCAAUCGACCUAUUCAAGUAGAUCCCCAAAACAGCUCCGGGUCAACGAGGAUCUCCCCAUUCUUGCACAUCAUCCGAAUACGACGGCUGUCGGGCCAAAUUCUAAGCAUGUUAUACAUAUCGAGGCAGCACUGCCAUAUUCCCGCGGAAGACAAGCGUCGGAUCCGUCGCAAGUUCCACGAGGAUAUUGACGCUUGGAGAAACGACACUGAACAUCUUCAUCUGGUCCCAACAACGGCUUCUCGAGGCUAUGUUUCUAGCUUCAUGACUCCGGAGUGGUACUCCGCAUUGCAUAAUAACGCCAUACUUCUUCUCUACCGACCAUCACCUUAUCUGCCACAUCCGAUGAUAGAUUCUGAAAACAAUGACGGAGAGUCAGAAUUAAUGAGCCUUCUCAAUGCUUCGAAAGCUACAAUCGAGUCGUACAGCCAACUGCACCGAAAAAGACGUCUUAAUUAUUCCUGGAUCACACUCCACGGCGUUUUUAUCGCUGGCCUGGCCUACAUAUACUCUGUCGGCAGGAUACUUAGUGAUCCAGCAAGCCGCAGCCUUGUGCCCAACGUCAUGUGCAUCAUCGAGGUGACUCAAGCAUGCUCCCACGUCUUGGUUGCCAUCUGCGAGCGAUGGAAUGCUUCUCGUCGUUCAUGCGAGCUGUUCAACAAGCUUACCACCACUGUCAUACGAGAUGCACUGAACGCUGUGUCCGGCCAGAAUAGAAACCGACCUUGUGAUACUCAGGUGCCAUCUAAUGUGGACCCAAACCUCGCUGCACUACGCACAUCACAACGCCUAGGCGAUGGGCAGGGCGUCGAGGCCCAGCCUGAAAAUCCUCACAUUGGCUUAGGGACCCCCUCUUCAGCGGACCAGCUUGACGAUACGUUGGUAAUGGACAAAUUCAUGACUUACCAAGGGUCGUUUGAUUUCGUCUUCCAGCGGGAGACGUCCCUCCCAAACGACUUGGUGUCGGGAUUCUCAUGCAAUUGGCCUUUUGACCUUUCUUUUAAUAAUGACGGGGAUAUUGAUACCACCCAGAAGAAUGAUGAAAUGAUUGAUUGGAGUCUGGGCUCUUAG